GGGGGUUCGGGGCGGCGGCGCCCGAGGGCAGCGGGGCGCGAUGUCCGCCGGGGGCCGCCGGCGUCGGGGCUGAGGGGGGCAGGGGGGAGCGCAGCCAUGAGCGCAGCCCGGGGCCCCGGUUAGGAAGCUCUGCAUUCCCUCAAUAAGCACUCUGCGCUGAGUGUCUCUUGUCCCUUACACCACGCUGCCAGCUGGUACCUCCCUCCUUUCUGAAGCGUAACCGGGGAGGGGGUGGAAAGCAGAGGAAGUUUGGUACUUACUUUUUUUCUUUAGGCUUUAGAAAGGGAUUCCCUCUUCCUUCCCCCGCGGAGGGCUGCAGGACAGAGUGCGGUGGCGGACGAUAGAGGGGUGCAGCUGUGAGCCGGCUGUCCGGAGCCUUGCCCCCGCCACCCCCGCCGCCGCGUACCUGGGGGUGCUGGAUGCAAGCUCUGCGGAGCUCCUCCAACCGUAGCGGCAACGGCUCGGCAGAUGUAGAUGCGUGCGUGUGUGUAUGUUUAACCCUUUCUUGGUUCCUCGGAUUUGUACCAUGCUGAAGAUCCUCACCAAAAAGCUCAAGAACCAGAGUUUGAACGAAAUUCAACCUUUCCAGCUAAAGAUCUCCUACCCCCCAAGUGAUGAGGACAGCGAUGACUCUGAGGGAGAGAACCAGGAACUUGCUCAGAUCGACAGAGAGAGAAGACGGAAUUGUACCUUGACCCCUCUGGCCACCAACCAGCUCCAGAACCAGGAGAACCAAUGCUGCAAGGUUCGGGCCCUCUUCCAUGCCAGCCUUGACCGCCACAGCUCAGAAGAGGAGCUGGAGCGCAUCAACCGAGAGUUCGCCGCUGAGAAGCGGAAGUGGUCCCAGGUCAGCAGGCUUGCCUGCUGCAGUGACAGCAACAACACCUCCUCCAGUGAUGAAGAAGUGAAGAACUUGUGUGCGAUGUCCUUCCGGCCUGUGGCAGAGCAGGCCGAUGGCCUGCACGCCAGCCCAAGCCCCGUGCUGUUCAGUGCCUCCCCUCCCAAGAGAGUCCAGCCCCUGGUACGGAGCCCAGCCUCCAGACCUUUAAUCUUCACAAGCGUUGGGGCGGGCCUUGAGCAAGUCAUGCCCUGUAAGAGACAUCGACAAGGAUAUGGGGAUAAGGUCAGCAGGCCCAGUCUUGACCUGGAAAAAAUGCAGCAGAAGAUGCUGCUCAAGAAGAAUUGUGGAGCGAAGACUAGAGUUAUUAAAAUUUGUAGCAUCAAUGGAGGCCGCCCACCGCCCCACUUUGUGUAUGAUCCAUCCACCUUUGCCUUCCGUUCCCUCAGCACCUUGAAGCCGCUGAGCCCGAUAGCUCCAGUGGAAGAACCGUCAUGUGCCUACUGAAGGAGUUUCUCCAAAAACCUCAGGAACUAUCAACCAACCACCUUCCUGGCAGGGAGAAGGGGAGGUGGUGAUACCCAAGGGGAUGGGUGGGAGAAGGGGACAAUGACACAUCUUUGCAACACAGCCUCUCCGGAAGCAGGAAGCAUACGGCUUUGCAACAGUGCCUGUUUUCAUACCAUUGCCAUAUCUAAAUAGUGGCAAAGGGAGAGAUUUUUGUCGUUCAGGGCAAAACAAACCAGUCAGGGCUACAAACUGCAAAGACAGCCACUAAGGCAGUGUCAAACAUGGGGAUGGUGGUAAAGGAAGAUAACCCUGAGGGUUUCAGGGGCUAGUAUGGCCUACAUGGCAGCAGAGAUGAGUGAUCAUGGUGUGAAACCAAGUCCACUCAGUUUCCCAAGAGUACCUGGGUCUACAGUGCUUUGUUACAGACCUAACCCUUCUCCCACUCAGAAGUGAGCUCAGGAUUGGAGACAGAGGCUAUACAGGGCUGCCUGCAAAGCAAGAAGAUCCCUCUGAGAUAUAAUUGUAUUCACUUCAUGCUCUCUUGAGUGGAAGACCCUAGGAGAGGGAGGUGGGAGUGGGUAACUGGCACAUCUAGUUGUGUGUUCCAGCGGGUCUGCUGGCAACUCUGAUAUCACCUGAAAUGGGAGGCAUGAGCCUCCCACUUAUAGAUUGGGGGUUAGAAUAAAAUUUUAUUGAUAGAAUGAAAGGUCUGUCUUCAACUGUCCAAGAAAAUGCAACACUCACCCUCAGUCCUCUCAGCAUCAUCAGAGAGAAGAACUUGGGGGUGGCUGUGUGCUCUUGGGUCUCCUCUCUGCUGAGGCUGUGUUCUGGGAUAUGCAGCACUUCUUUAUAGCAUUGUCCCAAUACACUGCUACCCUAAUGUGAUGCUGAAGGUAACUGAUAUCAGCAAAUUCAACAAAAUCUAAUGUCUCUGGCAAGCUUUCCAGUCCCUUGUUAUGCUGGCUAUUAAAUUGAGGUAGACUCUUGUAUCAAUGCAACAAGUAUUCCUAGAUGUAGCAUGGAGUGGGAGAAAGAGGUCUCUGUUUUGUGGCCACCUGUUGGUGGAAGAAACAGGAGAAGAGCUUGGGUGAAGCUGUGGGGUAUUUCUCCAUAGACAGUCCCGAGGCAGUCAGGACCGUUGGGCCUUGCAGCUACUGGAGUUUGACUGAGAUCUGGCCUUGAAGCAUGUAUGUGUUUUGUACCAUGAGGCAACAGCUAAUAGAACAACCUCUCGCCUUUCUUGGUGAGGCAGAGGAACAAGGCAUUGUUGCCCUUGCUGCACCUCUUUGUCUGGCUGUUCCCCACCUUGAGCCUGUAUCUGGCUGAGUGCAAGGGGGAGUGGGUAGUUUACUUCUUGUCUGGAUCAAGAGGAGCAACUGUGAGUAAUACAAAAUAUUUUUUGUUUUUAAAUCUGCUCCAGUGUGGAGGUCUUUGUUACUCUUUGGAUGAGACCAAUGGUCAGUCCAACUGCCAGGAGGAGGCCACGCAAUGAACCAGCAUUCAGUGGUGCUUUCUGGGCCUGUCAUUGAAACCCUUGGAGGACACUCAAAGGCUGUGUGGGCCUGGGGACCUGAAUCCUCCACACCUACCCACCACCCUCUCCAACCACCUUGUAGGCAGGCAGAGCAGCUGGGCAAGGCGGUGAAGGGACAUCUGUCCUGAAGCUGCCCCAGCUCUGCCCACUUUUUAGCUCCACAGCUGGGCCACCCUUUGCACCAGCACCACCUCCAAGGCAUUGCUUGUGUUUGCUGGUGAGGUACCUCUGGCAGAGCAUUGUUGUUGCCUGCAAGAAGUCUCUUCUUCCAACAGAGGCCGAUUUCUCCUGCCCUUGUAGACACUUUACUUUCCUUGUUUUAAUGGCACACCUCAGCUUUUUAACUGCUGCCACAUCAAGCUGACUAGUGCAAGACAUGGAAGUGUUGCCCUUUCGGACCAAAUCCCUGUGCUCAGGAGAAGGGACAGCCGUAGCCUGGUACCUGUCGGAAGAGGCACAUUACACAUGCAGGUGGCUGGGGCUGCAACCCCUGUGCCCCCAGGCUUUGCUCAGCAAGAGCUGCCAAGGUGUUUCUGCCAGCGUGCAGGUGUGGCAGGCUGCCUUUGCUGGGUGGCAGUGGGGAACAGGGAUGUCCUGCCAAUGCUGUUGCCUUUUAGUACUUUUGUAACUUUUCUCUGUCUUUUCCAAUCAGAAGGAAAAAAUAAAAAGAAAAAAAACCCACAAAAAACCUACAGCAACAAUGAAAUAAAGUGUAACAGCUGCUACAUUCA